UUCUGUGUAAACUAGCUUAACAUAAGUCAACAUUUUGUCUCUUCAGUUCAGGCUGGACUAAACAGACAUUGAGUUGGACUAGCAAAGUUUAAAAUCUAGUUCAUGUUUGUCCUUUUUAUUCAUAUCUCUUCAGUUUGACAUGCCACCCCGGCUCACUCCUCUUAAAGAUGCCUGCCAACAUGUUGGUUCAAAGACUGACAAAACACAGAAACUGGAAGUGAAAUUCAUCAAUGCGGUGAAAGGACGUGGUUUGUUUGCAGCAGGUUCAUUCUGCAAAGGAGAGUUUGUGGUUGAAUAUAGGGGUGAUUUGGUAGAUGAUGCUGAAGCCGAGAGGAGGAGAAAAGUUUAUCACCCGUCAUGUGCUGCAUUUUUCUUUCUCUUCAAAUGGAGAGGAAAAACAUGGUGUAUUGAUGCAUCCCGAGAAGAUGAUUCAUAUGGCCGCCUAGUAAACGAUGAACACAUACAUCCCAAUUGUCACAUAAAGGAGAAUGAAGAAAUAACGUAUGACUAUGGAGGCGAUGACUGCCCAUGGCGAAUGCAAAUGACAUUGUGUACAAUGGGUAAUAACCCUGUAAAGAGCUCCCAUCCUUCAGCCAUGUCUGAGAAACAGAUGGAAGAAGCUGUGUUUUCACAAGACAUUCCUCAACAGCCUUUACAGCCUCUGGAAGUUGGGUUUUAG